ACCUCACCUGACUCACCUGACUCACCUGAGACGAACCAGGAAACAGGCUAUUAAAUAAGAUGACACACACUCACACACACACACACUCACACACACACACACACACACACACACACACACGGAGAGAGACGGACUGUCAGAUUCAGAACAAAAGUCUUCAGGACGUCUGCAGGAGGGAAUAUCUGGAAUAAUAACUUCUUCUUGGAGCAGCGUCUGAAUCCACACUCUGAACACGGGGAGUUUCCAGAACAAAGACUCAAACAGGAAGUAACUUCCAGGAGCAGGGAGCGGCUGCUGCUCUGUUCUCAGAUUCAACCGGAGAACGAUGGCUUCCAGAUUAGAGAGAGACCUCAGCUGUUCGGUCUGCCAUGACAUCUUUAGAGAUCCUGUCACCCUGUCCUGCUGCCACAGCUUCUGUAGAGACUGUCUGCAGAGCUGGUGGACGAAGACAGAAGAGAGGAAGUGUCCACUUUGUAAGAGAAGAUUUUCCAAGGACUCACUUCCUGCUAACUUUACUUUAAAGAACCCGUGUGAGAGUUUCUUAGAGGAGAGAGGUCAGAGAUCUCCAGAGGCUCUCUGCAGUCUGCACUCUGAGAGACUCAAACUCUUCUGUCUGGACCAUCAGCAGCCAGUGUGUCUCGUCUGCAGAGAUUCAAGAACACACACCAACCACAGAAUCAGACCCAUCGAUGAAGCUGCUCAGGAUCUCAGAGAGGAGCUCCAGAAGUCUCUGCAGCCCUUUCAGGAGAAACUGAAGCUCUUUGAAGAAGUUAAAGUGAAGCUUGAUCAAACAGCAGGACACCUGAAGGUCCAGGCCCGAUACACAGAGCGGCGGAUUAAGGAGCAGUUUAAGAAGCUUCACCAGUUUCUAAAAGAGGAAGAGGAGGCCAGGAUGGCUGCACUGAGGGAGGAAGAGGAGCUGAAGAGGAAGAUGAUGGAGGAGAAGAUGGAGGCUGUGAGCAGAGAGAUAGCAGCUCUUUCACACACAGUCAGAGCCACAGAGAAGGAGCUGAGAGCUGAAGACGUCUCCUUCCUGCUCAACUACAAGGCUGCAGUGGAGAGGCUGCAGCGCCCCCUGCUGGAGGAUCCACAGCUGCCCUCAGGAGCUCUGAUAGACCAGGCCAAACACCUGGGCAACCUCAGCUUCAACAUCUGGAGCAAGAUGAAGGACAUGGUGUCCUACUCUCCUCUCAUCCUGGACCCAAACACUGCUGCUCCAGAACUCAUCCUGUCUGAAGAUCUGACCAGUGUGAGACGAGGAGGGAAACGGGAACUUCCUGAUAAUCCAGAGAGGUUUGAUAACCUCUCUAUCCUGGGCUCUGAGGGCUUUGACUCAGGGACUCACAGCUGGGACGUUCAGGUUGGAGACAUUACACUCUGGUCACUGGGUGUGUUAGCAGAGUCUGCACAGAGGAAGGGAGACAAAGAGUCUGGAUUAUGGAGAAUAUUAACCUGGUUAGGUGGAUUCACAGCAUUCUCUCCAUCCGGUCCACCCACUGAUCUCUCAUCUCAGAAGAAGCCCCGGAGGGUCAGAGUGAAUCUGGACUAUAAUGGAGGAAAGCUGUGGUUCUCUGAUCUUGACUCUAACACACACAUACACACCUUCACACACACUUUCACUGAGAGGAUGUUUCCAUACUUUUACACUUGGGAUGACCUGAGGGUUUUACCUCUGAAGGUUUCUGUGAAUGUGAAACAGCAGAAUAGAUCUGGGAUGAAAAGAAAAGUGUAGAAAUGUGAAGUACCAGGGGAAGAACAAGGUGACCGUAACAGGGGUUGUUGCAGUAAAAUCAGAAAAAUCACUUAAUUUAAGAUUAUUUUCUGUGAAAGAGUUUUAUUUGAUCUCUACAUUUAUCUGAGUUCAUACAGUUAUAGCUAAAGACCCUGAUCCAGCUGUUUCAAACACAUCAUCCAUGAAGACCUUGGAUUUAGGGAGUUUAAAGACCUGGCAUCACAGAUGAGAGUGGUGGUGGGGAGGAUCUGGAGUGAUGAGGGGGGGUCUAAUCGUGACCUGGGUCUGAUGAAGAGGAGGAGAAUGGGGGGGAGGAGGGCUCCGUCGAUUCACCUGAAAUGAGAGCAGAUUUAAAAGUUUGCCAAAUGCGCUGUUUUAUUUACGUCUGUAGGCCGUAGUUGUGAGUGUGGACGGUCGGAGCAUAUUCAACGUUAGCUUAGCCUGAUCGAUCGGAUCUCCAUUCAGAAAACACGCAUUUUAAACGUUUUUUAGCC